AUGGUGCCCAGCCUGAAUAGGUUCCAUUCUAGGUCAGGAAAGCCUCUGGAAGCUGAUAAAUGCACUCCCACCUGCAUCCAGCUCCUGCAACCAACUGUGAUCUUUCCACAGAGACUGACUGUUGUGCUUGCCCUGGCGACGCUGUUGGCCGCAUUUGGCUCGUCAUUCCAGUAUGGAUAUAAUGUGGGCGUCAUCAACUGUGCAGCACAGUUCAUGCAAGAAUUUUACAACCAAACCUACCAUGAAAGAACAGGACAGUAUAUGGACGAGAGCUUCUUCACCCUGCUCUGGUCUAUCAGUGUGUCCAUGUUUCCCUUGGGAGGCUUCCUGGGCUCCCUAAUGGUUGGCCCGAUGGUGAACAAAUGUGGCAGAAAGGGGACCCUACUGAUCAACAACAUCUUCUCCAUCAUCCCUGCCAUCCUGAUGGGAACCAGCAAAGUGGCCAAAUCAUAUGAGAUGAUCAUCCUUUCCCGUAUUGUGGUGGGAAUUUGUGCAGGUUUGUCCUCCAACGUGGUCCCCAUGUACUUAGGAGAACUGUCCCCCAGAAACCUGCGGGGAGCCCUCGGUGUGGUGCCACAGCUUUUCAUCACCAUCGGCCUAAUCAUCGCCCAGAUCCUAGGCCUCCGGAGCAUCCUCGCAAGUGAAGAAGGCUGGCCCAUUCUACUCGGCCUGACGGGUGUUCCUGCGGGGCUGCAGCUGCUCUUCCUGCCCUUCUUUCCUGAGAGCCCCAGGUACACGCUGAUCCAGAAGGGAGAGGAAGAAAGAGCUCGAAGAGAUUUACGGAAACUGAGAGGCUGGGAUGAUGUGGAAGAUGAGGUGGAAGAGAUGCGCCUGGAAGACCAAGCAGAGAAGGCUGAGGGACGUCUGUCCGUCCUCAACCUCUUCACCUUCCAGCCCCUGCGGUGGCAGCUUAUCUCCAUCAUUGUCUUGAUGGCCGGCCAGCAGCUGUCAGGGAUUGGAGCAAUUUUUUACUACUCAGACAGGAUCUUCCAGAAUGCAGGGGUAAAGGAGGAUGACGUUCAGUACGUGACGGCCGGCACCGGAGCGGUCUACGUAGUGAUGACCUUCGUGGCUGUCUUCAUUGUGGAGGUCUUGGGGAGGAGGCUGCUGUUGCUCGCUGGCUUCGGCAUCUGCUGUGUGACGUGUGCUGUAUUGACAGCGGCCCUCGCACUCCAGGACCAAGUGGCUGGGAUGCCGACUCUCAGCAUCGUCUGUGUCAUCGUGUAUGUUGUGGGGCAUGCGAUCGGGCCCAGUCCCAUCCCCGCACUGGUAAUCACAGAGAUGUUCCUGCAGUCCUCCCGGCCAGCUGCAUUCAUGGUCGGAGGCGGGGUUCAUUGGCUCUGCAACUUCACCGUGGGGCUGGUAUUCCCUUUUAUCCAGGGAGCCCUUGGCCCUUACAGCUUUAUCAUCUUUGCCGUGAUCGGCCUGCUCACCACCAUCUACACCUACCUGAUUGUCCCAGAGACCAAGGGCAAAACAUUCAUGGAGAUCAAUCAGAUUUUCGCCAAGCGGAACCAGGUCGACGUCCCAGACGAUAAGGAAGAACUAAAGGACUUCUAACACUUCCCCUUCCUCCUGCUGCUGCGACCUGAGAGCAACCCUAACCUCUUGGGGUCAUGGCCACCCAGGGAGAUCAGCCUUCCACUGUUCCUCCCUUACUCAUUUUAUUUGCAACGAGCUAAUUGUGGAUCCACAGAAAUAGGGCUUACCCAAUGAGGCUGGCAAGUUGUGUCUUUGGGCUCCCUGACCAGCCCAUGAAUACCUUCUGAGUGUGUUUUCUGUGCUCAUUAAAGAGCAGCCAACCACUUCCUGAAGCAGUAUCAUGGAAAAUGCCUCUUCCUCUUCGUCUUCCACAUGGCUUAACUAUCCCUCGCAGAGGCUGUAGAUGAUUCCAGUUUGUCACUGAAUGCAGCUGCAAUGGAGAACUGGAACAAGCAAAGUUGAGAGGUGAGGUUGGGGAGGCCCUUUCAGAGCCUGGUGCCCUUGGAAGGUCCGGGUGGCUCCAUCAUAGGCUGAGCUGGACUCUGUCAUUCCUAGUCAAACCCAGCCUGCAACAGCUGUUCUGGCUACUGACAAAAUUCUUUGUGGACAGGGAAUUUUCCAUACUUCCGUUGUAUUCACUCAAGGACUUAGAAUGGUGUGGUGUAACCAGUGGAUGCUUAAUAAAUGUCAUUGCUACAUCA